AUGGAAUGGUCUGUGGCGAGGGCCGCGGUGAUCCUGGAUUGCGAGCGAUGCGGUGGCCGACCAAUUGUAUCGCGCAGAGCGACGACGGCCGCGGUGAGCAUCGGCAAUGCCGGCGAUCACGACAGGGUAAGCUCGUUAAUUCGAGCUCACAGGAUCAAAGAGGCUUGCUCUCUCCUCCUCGAUUCUUCCUCGGGUGGGAGCUCCGCCUCUACUGUCGCGAUUCUCGUCCAGAAGCUCUGCCGGAACGGGGAUUUGCACGCCGCGUCCCAGCUCCUGGAGGAGAUGAAGAGCGCCGGGGUUUCUUCCAGUGCCUCGGCUUACAAUGCGGUCAUUCACGGGUAUUGCAAGGCCAGAAACAUGGUAAAGGCGAUGGAGAUCGUCAAGGGGAUGGAGUGCCAGCCGACGGUGGUGACUUGGACGAUCAUCAUCGACGGGUUUUGCAAGGCGAAUCAGCUCAAGCAGGCGCUGGCGUGCUUCGAGAAGAUGAGAGAAUUCGUGGCGCCCAACGAGAGGACUUACAACGUCGUGGUGAAUGGUCUGUGCAAGGCAAGGCUGACGAGCAAAGCAUACGAGGUGCUCAAAGAGAUGAGAGAUGGAAAGUCUGUAGCUCCGGAUCUGGUGACUUACAGCACUGUGAUCAACGGGUUUUGCAAGCAAGGAGAGAUGGACAGGGCCUGCGAGAUCUUGCGAGAGAUGGUGACCAGGGAUGGAAUAGCUCCGGACGUUGUGACUUACACCAGCGUGGUCGACGGCUUGUGUAGAGACGGCAAAAUGGAUCGCGCUUGCGAGAUGGUGAGAGAGAUGAAACUUAAAGGCGUAGAGCCUGACAAGUUUACAUUCUCGGCUCUCAUCACAGGGUGGUGCAACGCGAGAAAGGUGGACGAGGCUCUCAAGCUCUACAAAGAGAUUCUCACAAGCUCUUGUCGCCUGGAUGCCGUGAGUAGCAGCGCUCUCAUUACCGGUCUCUGCCGAGAGCGAAGGAUUGGCGAGGCGUACGAGCUCUUCCAGGAGAUGGAAAUGCGAGAGGAUGGAGCUUGGAAGCCCGACGUCGUGACUUACACCGCUCUCAUCGACGGCUUUUGCAAGAGUGGCAACUUGGAGAAGGCAAUGAAGAUGUUGGGGGUCAUGGAGGGCCGGAAGUGCGUUCCAAACGUGGUGACUUACAGCAGCCUGCUUCACGGUCUCUGCAAGGCAGGAGAUUUGGAUCAAGCUCUCGACUUGUUCCGGAGGAUGACGAGCAAAGGUUGCGUCCCAAACGUCGUCACUUACACAACACUCAUCCACGGCCUUUGCGCUGCGCACAAAGUUGACGCUGCCCGGCUCCUCAUGGAUGAGAUGACUGCUACGUGCUGCCCUCCCGACACGGUCUCGUACAACGCGCUGCUCGACGGAUAUUGCCGGCUGGGAAGGAUCGAAGAGGCCAAGCAGCUCUUCAAAGAGAUGGCUACAAAGUCAUGCCUUCCGGACCGGAUAACUUAUACGUGCCUGGUGCGAGGAUUUUGCAACGCGAGCCGGCUGGAAGAGGCUCGCUUCCUGCUCGAGAACAUGAAGACCGCGGCGGGCAUUGAUCCGGACGUGGUGACUUACAGCAUCGUUGUCGCCGGUUACUCGAGAGCCAAGAGAUUCGUCGAGGCUGCCGAGUUUAUCCAGGAGAUGAUCGCCAGGAACGUCGCUCCAAACGCUGUGACUUACAGCAGCCUGAUCGACGGGCUGUGCAAGGCCGGGAGAGUGGACCACGCCAUGGAGGUGCUCAAGAACGUAAACAAGCCGGACGUGGUGACUUACACCAUCGUGAUCGAGGGGCUUUGCAGCGCCGAUAGGACGGAGGAGGCUCUUACGCUUUUGCAGGAGAUGGUGAACAAGAGAGUGGAGCCGAGCGUGGGUACUUUCAAUAGCGUCAUUGGAGCGCUGUGUCGGCUGGGAGACAUGGACGAGGCCUGGAAGCUCUUGGUGGCUAUGGCGGCUCACGGUUUGGAGCCGGGAAUGGUGACUUACACGACGCUCUUGGAAGGAUUCUCCAGGACGGGCAGGAUGGAGAUCGCUUACGAGCUGUUCGAGGUGAUGAGGAAGAAAGCAAAGAAGAGCUCCUCGGCCGCCAACUUAGUUCCCGAGCAAGCUUUCUCGGCGCUUAUACGUGGACUGUGUAAGGCUCGCGAGAUUGACAAAGCGAUGGCGGUGGUGGAGGAGCUCAGGAGCAGGGAAUGCGAGCCGGCGGAGGAGGAUUGUCUUGCGAUCGUAGAUGGAUUGCUGCGAGCUGGGAGAACGGAGGAGGCAGGGAAAUUGAUAAAUAGUAUUUCCAAAGUAGGCCUUUAAUUUGCGAUUGUGGUUUUAUUGAUCACCCUAUGGUUAGUUCUCCUUUCUUUCUCCUUCUGCUUUGAAUCUUCAUCGUCCAUAGACUUCCUCUUGCAAAUGUUGAUAUUGACGAUGAUGUUGUUAUUGUUA